AUGGCUCUCACAACUACCGCUGCGCCAGCCGUCCUUGAUGCGGCGCUCACUCACGUCCCUCCCCCUAAGGCUAAACUCGACUUGGCAACCUUGAAGGCCAAGAUCGAUUCCGGUCACGGCAAGGAUCAGGUACGCAUCGUCAGGCCACAUGAGUACAAGGAGGCCGCUGCAUGUCUCGCUGAAGCCUUUCGGGACGAUGCUGUGGUCAGAUACCCAGUCGACACACCUGACCGAAUACACUUGUCCGAGGCGGAGAAGUACGAACUGCACAAGACCAGUAUGGAGUACGUCGUCUAUGCACACUGUCUCAACGGUCUGGUGUUGACCAUUGGUGACAACUACGAUUGCGUUGCUCUGUGGUUGCCCCCAGGCAAGAACAUUGAUGACUGGUGGACCAUUCUUAGGUCGGGCUUGUGGAGGAUGGCGUGGCUCCUGUCGCGAGAGGGUCGUGAGCGGUUGUUCGGCGAAUUUCUUCCAUUACUCAAUCGCUCCAAGCUCGAGGUUCUCGGCGAACUGGACCCGAACUCAUGGUAUCUGAACUACAUCGGUACUCGUGCCGAAGCUCGUGGGAAAGGAUAUGCCAAGAAGCUGAUGAACUAUGUCAUCAACGAGGCCGACAAGGCAGGUGCUGUGUGCUAUCUCGAGAGCUCACACGAUGUCAACGUCAUAAUAUACGGUAAGAUGGGGUUCGAGUUCAAGAAGAAGAUCUACCUUCAGCGCGAGCCAGAGCUCCUCCACAUGGACAUCAUGGUCAGUCUCACAACCUGGGCAGUCUGGGUCGAGGCAAGCAUCGGCUUGGGGACUCCGAAUCCCGAAAAUGUCUCGACCGGUAGAUCCGUCAAGAUCACAUCCGUGAUAGGAGUCAUCUUCUAUCUCCUUCUCAACACAUCCUACACGAUCGCAGUCUUCACAGACCCGGGCUCGCCACUCAAUGGCACGCCUUCUCGCAGCCGCGGACAUGCCGGCAGCAAGUACACGGUGCUGCCGACCUCGGAGCCGGCGAACGAUGAUUUCGACCAGGAGAUUCAGACAGUGACCGUUUCUUCGUCCGGGCAGGCCCGGUUCUGCAAGAAGUGCCAGACGCAAAAGCCAGACCGUACACACCAUUGCUCGACAUGCAAGCGAUGCGUGCUGAAGAUGGACCACCACUGCCCGUGGCUGGCUACCUGUCUGGGCCACAGGAACUACAAAUGUUUUGUGCUAUUCUUGAUAUACACCACAAUGUUCUGCUAUGCAUGCUUCGCCAGUAGUGGUCAAUGGGUCUGGCAGUUCUUCGGCGACAGCCGAUAUCUGGGCGAAGAAUUUGCCAGCGUCAAUGUCAUCAUGCUGGCCGUAGUCAGCGGACUGAUAGGUGUGGUUCUGACUGGGUUCACCGGCUGGCAUCUGUGGCUGUGCUACAGAGGAAUGACCACCAUUGAAUGCCUCGAGAAGACACGCUACUUGAGUGGCGUGCGCGGUCGGGUUGAGCGGAACAGGCUGGAGCAGCAUCGACGCGGUGGGUCAAAUGGUCAAAACCAGAACGGCGAGCUUAUGGACCGGGUCCGACGAGCCGGCGAUCAGAUUCUUGAAUUUCACGCCAAUGCUGUGCCAGGAGCAAGUCGCUUCGAGGAAGGCGAAGAGCGCGUCAGCCCAACGCCGAACUUUGCUAGACCUUCAACUAUGGCAGUUGACGAGGAGACUGGAGGCGGCGAACUCUACCAUGACCAUCCUCCGAACCCGAACGGCUCUGCCGAAACGCCGGCCGUUCGUGCACUUCGUGCGUCGUACCAACACUCUCAGGCCGGGCCGCCGCCGCCAGGACGAUUCAACUACCGCUUAGGCGUUCACGAGUACGAGACUUCGCGCGAGCAACAACGCUACAACGAGUACAUGGAAGACAAGGAAGACGAGAACCUGCCCAAUGCGUUCGAUCUCGGUUGGCGGCGGAAUCUCAUCGCUGUGUUCGGACCCCAGUGGUGGGCGUGGAUGCUUCCAAUAUGUAACUCGCCCGGCGACGGAUGGCGCUGGGAAGUCAGUGAUACGUGGCAAGCCAGAAAAGAAGAAGGAGAGCGCGUCAGAGCUGCUCGACUGUCGCAGCAGCAGCAGCAGCAGCAGUCGCAAACAAGCCAUGGGUCCCAUCGGUAUGAUCAAGGUCUCGACGGCGCGUACGAUCAACGACAGCACUACGAACAGUAUACGGAUCGCCACGUGCCCCGUGAGGAUCACUUCUUCCAGUCGCAGAAUCUGGAUAGAAACGACCAGACCCCGUAUAGCCACAGCGCGACCAGCCUAUCGACGCUAACUCCCUCAGGCCGAAUUUCUGAACGAGAUCGCCCACCCAAAGAAAGGGUCUGGGGCGGUCGUUACAAGAGAGACUUCGAUCGUAGUGGCGAAGACGGAGAGGUAGAGGAAUUCGAGGUCAGUGCAGAUGAGGAUGAUGCUGUCGACCAAGGCGAUCGGCAUGGGAGUGGUCGGAAUGGCAGCCUUCAAGAUGGCCGACAGAAGCAAAGACAGGGUGGAGAUACAAGCAGAGAUAAUGAUGACUUACAAAGGCAAGGUAGUUGGGACAGAGAUUGGGAAUGA